ACUCCUGUUCACUUUUUCCCUUGGAAAUAAGCUCCACUAUUCUUACUCUCAGGAAUGUGUGCUUGAUGCUUAAGGUUUUCUUUUGGAAAAGUGGACCUAAAAUCUGAGCUCAAGGAUAUGUGUAUUAACCUUACUUCCCUCUCUAUUUGGCUGUAGGGGUGCAACCUGCUCAUCUGUAUUAGUAUUCUUUGGAUGCGUGAGGAAAAGUAGCCUGUUCUAACACUUGUUAUUAAAUUUGGAGGCUAAAAGUAAAGCUUCUAUUUUUAUCCACAGUUCUGUUAAACAUUAUUCAGUGAGACCUUGGAUAUUAGCUGGCAGCAGAAGGAGAUUAAAUCCUUUAAGAGCGUCUCCAGACAACAAAGACAACAAUAACAUCUGUGUUUUUCUCUGUAGGUGCAAUAAGCGCAGAAUUAUUACCCAUCUCUUAUGAGGGUUCAAGGGUACCAGAAAAACCGUUAAGGCUGUUUUUGUCCUGGCAGUUUUAUCCUUGGGAAAGUAGCACAUCAGCUGUGGUUCUGAGUGCUGUAAGGAGUGAAUUUGUGCCUGGAUAUCAACCCUGACCUCACUCCACACCUUUUAUGCUGCACUGUGUGUGUAUAUGAUUUCUUUUUCAUCUACAGUGCAGUUUGACAUCACUUUCAUUAGGUAAAGGUAAAUAAAGGUUUUCUCCUGACGUUAAGUCUAGUCGUAUGGAGAUGGUGCUCAUCUCCAUUUCUAAGCUGGAGAGCCGCGUUGUCCAUAGACACCUCCAAAGUCAUGUGGCCAGCAUGACUACAUGGAAUGCGUUACCUUCCUGCCAGAAAGGUACCUAUUGAUCUACUCACAUUUACAUGUUUCCAAACUGCUAGGUUGGCAGAAGCUGGAGCUGACAGCAGGAGCUCACUCUGCUCUUCAGAUUUGAACCGCCAGUCUUUCGGUCAGGAAAUUCAGUAGCUUAGCAGUUUAACCCACUGCGCCACCGGGGGCUCCGCUUUCACUGCCAUGGCUCAAUUGCUAAGGAAUUCUAGGAAAUAUAGCUUUACAAGGUCUUUAGCCUUGUCUGAUAUUGAGUCAUGGCAGUUAAAGUGUUGUCAAACUGCAUUCAUUCUAUAGGGUAGAUGCACUCUUUGUCUCCCUAUUUAUUUGCCUAAGCAGCUCCCCUCACCAUCACUGAACCAGGAACUAAAAUAUUCAACUCUUUGCCUCUUCUACAGGUUGGGAUUAUAUUCGGCUUUCAGGAAAUAAUUAUAGUGCGAGCCAGCCAGACACUUUAGAGCAGUUUGUCCAGCUUCUCCAGAGAUGCAGGUUGUUUAGUAAUUCCCACUCUGACACGGUCCUGUAAAUGGGUUCUCACCUUGUCUGGUCUCAUGCAAGAAAAAAGUCAAGGUUUUGAUAUAUAAACUGAUUGAGCAGUAUAUGUUGUAAGUGAAUUAUGCAAUCAAAGGCUUGUUUUUCACGACAGGAUCUGGCUUUUCCAAACAUCUGCACCUGCAUGAACGUAACUUCCAUGCACAUACGUCACAGCUAGGCCUGGUUCAUUUGUUUUGAUGUUGUAACUAAUUUAGUUUUAAUCUAAUGUUUUAAUUAUGAAUAAAACAUACGGAACAUGAUUGUUUUUCAGUGUUGAUUUACCUCUCUACCCCAGGCCUUAUGAAAUGUUUUCCAGCAAGAAGACUUUGGACUUUCAUGUCCAUUUGUUUUCUCUUUUAAAGGCUCAUUUGAUUAUUCCACACAAAGCCCCUACAGGAUGAUAAGUAAAUUUAGUUGGGAUCUUUUCCACCUGUACAUACAUGGAACUUUGACUGAAAUGCAAAAGAACAUUUCUAACUAAUAGCAGGUGUUACAUCAGUGUUUCAUGCAAAGCAAGCAGAAAAGACCAAAUAAUAACUGAAAUGGAAACAAAUGUGUAGAAAAUGGAAGUAGAAUGCAGAAUAUGAUGGGUUUUGCCGCUUACUUGUUCUACACUCCAAAGAAAUUCAUUUUGAAUCUGAAAUCCAAGGUCACCUUAUGGUUUACUGGAAUCCAAGAGGUGCAUUUUCUGAAGUUGUUUUGGCUGAGCACAGAACUACUGGAAAACUAUUUGCAGUCAAGUGCAUACCAAAGAAAGCCCUGAAAGGGAAGGAAAGCAGCAUAGAGAAUGAAAUUGCAGUUCUCAGAAAGAUCAAGCAUGAAAAUAUUGUUGCACUGGAAGAUAUCUAUGAGAGUCCAAACCACUUAUAUCUGGUCAUGCAACUAGUAUCAGGAGGUGAAUUGUUUGACCGCAUCGUGGAGAAAGGAUUUUACACUGAGAAAGAUGCAAGCACUCUGAUACGGCAAGUCUUGGAUGCUGUGUACUAUCUGCACAGAAUGGGCAUUGUACACAGAGAUCUUAAGCCUGAAAACUUGUUAUACUACAGCCAGGAUGAAGAAUCUAAGAUCAUGAUUAGUGAUUUUGGACUGUCAAAAAUGGAGGGUAAAGGAGACGUCAUGUCCACUGCUUGUGGCACACCUGGAUAUGUUGCUCCAGAAGUGCUUGCACAGAAACCCUACAGCAAAGCCGUAGACUGUUGGUCCAUUGGAGUUAUUGCAUAUAUUCUUCUCUGCGGGUAUCCUCCCUUCUAUGAUGAAAAUGACUCCAAGCUUUUUGAGCAAAUCCUUAAGGCAGAAUAUGAGUUUGAUUCUCCAUAUUGGGAUGAUAUCUCUGACUCUGCUAAAGAUUUUAUCCGGAAUUUGAUGGAGAAAGAUCCCAAUAAAAGAUAUACAUGUGAGCAGGCAGUCCGACAUCCAUGGAUUGCUGGGGACACAGCACUCAGUAAAAAUAUCCAUGAAUCCGUCAGUGCUCAGAUACGCAAGAACUUUGCAAAAAGCAAAUGGAGACAAGCCUUUAAUGCCACCGCAGUUGUGAGACACAUGAGAAGGUUACAUCUCGGCAGUAGUUUGGACAGUUCAAGUGUAAACAUGUCAAGCUCCCGCAGUCUGGCCAACCCUCUACCUGAUGGAACAGCCAGGAAGGAUUGUAUGGCGCCAUCCACUCUCUGUAGCUUUGCAUCAUCCACUUCAUCUGGCAUUUCUCCUGUCGGGGAGAGAAGACCGAGGCCAACUACAGUAACAACAGUGCAUACAGGAAGCAAGUGAGCCAGACCUUCCCCUGCACCCACCAACCCCCCAAAAGAAGAAGUCAGAGAUGGGGGAAAUGCCAAGGUGGGCAAGAAGGCGAGCAGGCAGACCUUCUCCUGGGUGACCUCAUCUUGCAUUGAAAACUUGUCAAAGGACCAGAAGGAAAGACUUUUUUUUAAUGGCCAUAUUUUAUACUGCAAUUCUGAAAUGUCGCAUUUAUCGCAAACUGCAGUGACUCUGGGAGUUUGGGGAGGGAAAGGGCUGUAGGUCAGAUCUAGCAGUAUCUGGUGCUGGGGCAGCAAAUCUGGGAAUGUUCUACCUAAUGGACCUUCAUGUUGAUUCCUCAAUGAUUUACUCUAUUCUCAACAUAGGUAACAGUACAUGCUUUUUUCCAUUACCUGAAGAUUUCAACUGGAUUAUUUAACUAGAAGUAAUUUCCAAGCAUUAUUUUUCUUUUUUCUUCAUUGUUCUAUCUGUAUUUGUUUUGUUCAGGGUAGAGAGUAAAUAGAAUUUUGCAUUAAUCUUUCAAAUCAAGACAUUGUCCCUAAUGUUGGAUCACAAACUUGUUCAAAUCUUGUAGUAAUUGUCAGAACUAGCUGAUUUUCUCCUCAAGGGUACAAGGAUCAGUUCUGUUUGGAUCUAAUGAUUAUUUGCUCUGCGUAGCCCUGGUUCAGAGUGAUGCUGUCAAAGGCUAGCCACUGAGUAAGCAAGGACAAGGCAGUAGGACGCAGUGGACUGGAGCAAAUAGAAAGCCAUGGCUGAUGUUUUCUUUAAUCAGGAGUCUCAAAGGAUUUUGUUAAGCACCAGUCAUCUUCAUGUUGCAUCCUCAGUCCUCACCAAUACAAUUUCUGCCACAUCAUUCUAAAACAAAGCAUUCUUUGGUAAGAGUCUAGGAUAGACUGUAUAUUCAGCAGAGAAAGGGAAGCAACAUCAUCUCAUGAGAGUUUACAGUUAUUUCUUUUCAUGCACCAGAGAUGGGAAUUGGGCACCUCACAAGCAGCCCUUUCAGGCAGGAAGACCAAUGCAGGCCCUGAGAAACCCCACCCACCCUGCAAAGAUCCUAGCUCGUGCAAAAAAUGAUACUGAGAAACGUGUUUAAAUGCCUAAAAAGGCUUUGAAAUGCUGCACAACAGCACCUCUGGUCAAAUCGUAACAACAGGAGCCUUCCAGAGCUCCAGAGGGGCUGGAAUGGCACCAUGCUGCCUGCUAGACUCCGGCUGUUUCCAUCCCUGCCCUACAUUUGUGCACACAGGGAUGUGAAGUAGCCCUCACUGAGCCCAUUUGAAUCAGUUUGGUGAGUAGGAGUCAUCUUACCAUAUUUUGUUUGAAUAUAUUCAUGUGAUCAUACUGACUUCAUGGUAUGGAAAUUGGUCUUGUGAGAGUGCUUUAACAUGUUUGUGGCAGUUCUGUCAGUGCUUCUUAAAAAAUUUCUAGUGGAAAAAAAGCUGCAAUUUAUGAUGUACGCUGGAGUAUAUACAGCACCGUCUCUGCAAAUUUAUCAUCCUGUUGUGGCAGAAUGGUUGCAUUACUUUGCCUGGAUUGCCUACUUCAAUUCCAUUUGAUAUUUUGGACUAUGAAUCCCAUAAUCUGUUCUCAUUGGCCAUGCUGGCAUGCUUAUAUGGGAGUUUGAAUACAGAGAAAGCAGAAGGUUGACUUCUCUUGUUGUAACUUAUCACAAGUCAGGCCAGCAAUGUUGGAGUCUUCUAAUAAGAAGAGGCUGUAUGUCAUAUUAAGGCUUGUUAACAGGCCUGAGUGCACUUCUUGGUGGAUUUUUGUUGGGUUUUGCAAGUGGUUUACACAUUGAGCACCUCAAGAUUAGUAGGAGACAUGGAAACAUUGCAAACUUGUGCUUCUUCUUCAUACGAUUUCAAGGCUUGAGAAAGAAUUGUUCUCUUCACGAAGGUGCAUUAAUCUGGCCCAGCACUAAAAAUGGGCAGUUCCUUACUUUGAUUGAAAUCCAAGAGCAAGAGCACAAAUAUGCUUCCUCUCUGAUUUAUCCAAAGCAACAUUUCAAAAUAAAACAAUGCAAUGCACUGCACUGUCAUGAAGAACCUCCGUAAAUUCUUGCUUUUAAACCAUUUUAAACCUCUGUUGCUAUCAUCUCUGAUAAAGGUGCAUUGUAAACCUCUAAAUGGAAGGGCUAUGAAUAUUAGUGAAUGCUCACUGGAUCAAGGGCUGUAGAAUUUAGGUCUGGAUGUAAGGAAAGGGCUGGGCCUCAUGAGCAAGAUUGGCAACAUGCACAAAACAUGUGUCACCCGAAGUGAUUGUUCGUCUUGACUCAUAAUUACCCCAAUGUAUCACAUUUCUGAAUCAUAACAUUUAUCUUGUGACCCUGAUAAUGUCACUGACUUGUACUAUUGCUCAUUGUUGAAAGACAUGCUCUAAGUGAAAGUUAAAAAAUAUUGGUGGCCAGAUUUUCCAUUUCUAUUGUUAUAUGCUUUAUAAGACUCAGAAAUGCCCCAAAAGUGUGUGUGUGUGGGGGGGGGGGGGGGCUUAAACAAGUGACUGUAUGUCCACUCUUGGCUUUGAUCCCCUUCAUCUCAGUUUUUGAUUGUGGGGAAAGAGCCAUGGCACUCCUAACCCAAAACAUGUGGUCAUCUCCAAAAAAAGAAACUCUAAUUAGGGAGUGAAACUGGCAAUUCAUACGUACUUUGAAUACCCAUGGUCUAAAUACAUAACUCAUAGUAGUCAUCUGGUUAAGGCAAAAGAGGGCAACUUGUGGCCCUCAAAUAUUCUUGGAAUAUAACUCUUAACAGAUUUAAUUUGGCAAGCCUAAUGUGAGUUGGAGCCACAUUAUAUCUUGAAGGCUGCACAUCUGGCUAUCUUAUGCCCACAUCAUAAAGGCCAGGCAAAACAUCCUAUUUCAUCUGGCAUCCAGGAGGAAAGAGGGAACAUUGCGGUGAAUAUGUUGCCCCAUCACAUGGAGAAAGUGUUGCCCUCUUGAAGCUUCCCGUGUUGAGGGGGAAAGCGUCUGAUGACACUUUCACCCAAAGCCUUCAUGAGAACUCACACAAUGUCAUGUGAUGUCCGGUGUGGGGCUCCAUCCUCUAGACGGAGUGACAGCAUCCUAGGACACUGAAUUUACCCUGUCUGAUGAAUUUAUCCCAUCAGACGGGGUAAAUUCAAUGUUCUAGGAUGCGGUCACGCCGUCUAAAGGAUGGAGAUACCAAGUUUAGGCCAAUACUUAUUAGGAUCCUUGACAACUGCCAUCUGUAGUCCAAAGGUCUUUAAGCAAAAUGAAUUAUUAGGCAAAAUUGGUGUGAUUUGGUGUGAGGCAAUUUCAUAAGUCACAUGAUAGUCUGUUCUUUCUUGUCCAGAGCAGCAAUAAUAGUCUUGCUGCACAGAUCAACAAUCCAUCUCACUGAGGUUAUUGUAUCCAACCUGAUGCCUCUGGGUCUUCUACAGAAGAAUAUAAUGAUGAAGGCCUUCCUUUCUUCUUUGCCCUCAGAAUCUGGUACUGAGGAGGUUCCUUGCAUCUGAACUGGGGAAGUUCAGUAAAACCCCUCUGAAUGUGUAAAACAUCUAAUAAAUGUUUUGUAAAAAAUUGCAGAAUUCUUACUUUGUAUUGAAACUUUGAAAGUUGUUAGUUUUGAUCAAGCCUCCCUAGCACGCUGACAAAGUCAACACAGACCUUGUGUCACUUACACCCACGUAAAAAGUAUUGCCCAUGAGAGGUCUCAGUAUUGAGCUGUUCAUGGUUUGAAACCAUUAUGUAACCCAUUUCCUCCAGAAAUGUCCAUCAGUCACAAUAUUACCUUCCACCUUGCACAGAAAUGUGAUCUCCAAUGAGUGAAUAAGGGUUUCCAACCAUACUUCUGACUUUUCAUUGUGGAUAUUUAAUACUUAAGGUGUUUUACUUUAUAAACCAGAUGAGCCCCCAGAUGGCGUAGUGGGCUAAGUGACUUUCAGGUUGCUGACCUGAAAGCUGCCAGGUUCAAAUCCCACCCGGGGAGAGUGCGGAUGAGCUCCCUCUAUCAGCUCCAGCUCCAUGCGGGGACAUGAGAGAAGCCUCCCACAAGGAUGGUAAAAACAUCAAAACAUCCGGGUGUCCCCUGGGCAACGUCCUUGCAGACGGCCAAUUAUCUCACUCCAGAAGCGACUCAAGUUGCUCCUGACACGGAAAAAUAAAUAAAUAAACCAGAUAACAUAUUAUGCUAGCUAGCAUGUGGCUUCCUGGGAAAUGUCUUUUUCCCCUGCAAUUCUUUUUAUAGAGGAGGAAAACAACUAUUGAAAAUUACAAUAACCUCCUUCAUGUUACCUUGACUACAAAAAUAAUUAGAUUCUCGGAUUCUCCCAUAAACCAAAUAUAUCUCAGCUAAAUGAAUACAUUUCCAACCUACCUGUAUUGUCAUAUUUUUUACAACCCAAAACUCAAAGCCACAUGUUACGAAUUUAGAUUUUAAAAGGAAAAGAAGUUCAGUGUGAUGUAAUUUUUGCUGUUACAGUGCUGUGGUCUUCUCUGAACUGUUGGGAGGGGCUGAAUAUUUGAAAACUUUCCCACACAAAUUAUUCCCUGAAUGUACAAAAUGAGUAUAGUGAUCCCUCUCAAUCCACAGCUCUCAAUCUGCAGUUUCAUCCAAAUAUGAAUCAUUACAGCCCAUACCUAAAAUGACACUGAUAUGCCUGUGGACGCACACGUCAUCCCCAUUUAGUAAUAUGGGGCAUGCUUGUCCCCAUUUUUUUGUCAUCUUCAGGGGUCUCAAAACUGAACCCCCACCUCACUGUAUUUUAGGGAGUAAAUUCCAGACUUGCCUUUAAAACAAGACCAAUGGAUUAAACCAAAUAUUGACAUAAUGUCCUUCCAGAAUAUAUCUAGUUUGUUUUUAUCUGCCUGGUGUCAUGCAGAUCUAGCAGAGCCUAUGUGAUCUUGAUUGAUAAUAGCACACAAAAUUCCCCAUGCCAGAGGUGUCUCAUUCAUUAAAAGAAAGACCAGUAAAACCAUCCAGCAGCUAUCAGGAAAUUAACUAAAAUGAAGAAUAAUCCAUCCAAGGUUAAGCACAAUGGUGUUAAUGGCACAGCAGUAUAUGGGCUGAGCUGCUUCCCAGUGAAAUCGAUGGAUCUCAAAAGUGUUUAAUUUUGGCUGGAUCAUAUUACAUGACAGGAUCAGAGUGCCCUAUACCCUUAACAGUCUUUUGUUUUCCUUUAUUCCAAGUAUUGGAAUGUAAAAAUCACUUAUUGUCAUGUUUAGAUAGUCUGAGUGUCACUGAAAAGGUUUUCUGUCUGAUAAAAUUUAUCAUACAAUUUAGAAUCCUGUGACAGCUUAGUAAUCUACUUUAGUUUCUUCCCUUUCUCUAGAUAGAAAUAUCCUUAAUGUCUCUGUUCUCCCAUUAAUGCUAAUUCAUUGUAUCACUAAUCACAACCAUUCUUGACAAUCUGAACAACACUAAGUGUCAGAGUCCAAAAAAGCCAAAAUAUAUGCUUCUUUCUCUCUUUUUAUGUGAAUUAGUAUGUAUAAAGUUGUAACAUUUAGAGUGGCAUUAUUCUUCAUCUUUCCAAAGCUUUAAAUGUUCACUAAAGAAGUCUGAGAGAAAGGACUACAUUUUUUGCUUGCUUUUUUAUAUGUCAAUAUUUGAAUCAUGCAUUUCUUUCUAGAAUGAUUCUCCCUAUAAAAGGUUUCUGUCCCAGUUUAGUUUGACCAGGGUCACCACAAGAAGGAAAGAAGGAAGGAAAGACAGAAAGAAGGAUGAACAGGAAGGAAGGAAGGAAGGAAGGAAGGAAGGAAGGAAGGAAGGAAGGAAGGAAGGAAGGAAGGAAGGAAGGAAGGAAGGAAGGAAGGAAGGAAGAUUAUAGUGUUCAACUUUAUCCUGUGUCCUACAGAUGUUACAUCUGUCUCCAGCCAGACAACAAACAUGGUUCCGUCUAGGUUAGAGUUUUUUUUAAUUCACUUCUAAGAGAUGACUAAGAACAAAAACGUGAAGCCCAUAUGUUGGUUUUCAGAUGGAAAUCACUGUUGGAGUAACAAAAAUAUCCAAUAAAUGCAUGAAACUGCACUGCAUGGUUUCAGUCGUAUGCAGUUGCUAAACUUUGCGUUAACGUGUUCCUAUGUUGUAGGCUUUUGUUGAUGCCUUGAAUGUAAACAUUAUCUGGUUCCAUAAUCCAAGGCCCAUCACACACUGCAGCUAAAUGCAAAAGUUAACAGGUUUGUGAGGAAAGUAUGGCAAUGGUCAAUAAGAACCAUAAACAAUUUUCUAAACCCUGUUGAUUUUAAAAGACCACCAGCUAUUUAAAGAGAUUUCUGUCUAUGCACAGGCCCAUUGUGCCUACAGAAAAAGAGAGAGAGAUUGAGAGAAAGAAAGGAAAAAUGUUCCCCCCAAGGCUGCUUUAAACCAAGAAGCUUUAGCAGAUCUCAUCUGCAAGUUGCAUUCUUAAGGUAAGAUUUCCGGGACUGUCAAGAAGGGCAAAUGUUCUGGCAAACAGCCCGAGCCUAUGAUUUUCAGCAUCAGCACAGAAAUGCUAAGGAUAUAGAACAUAAGAUAUACCCCAAUGGCCAUCAGUCUGGCUUUGCAAGCAGAGACUUUAGCAACCUAGGGUUGGGGUCAAGGUAUCAGUUUUCCAUCUGUCCUGCACUUCCAUGGUUAAAAGAGUUGGACAGAAGAGUUUUGUCAACAAUUACUACUCUUCCCUUGCAGAACUAACAUAAGAGUUAUUUCUAUUUAGGAUUCUGCCUCAGUUUUCACAAAACAAUACCUACAGCCAUCUGACCGGGCUACCAGACCUUGAUGCCAAUGCAUCUGUGUCUUUAGAUUCCUUUGCAAUGUGCAGUGUUUCUCUGGCCAAUGCCAAUGCACAGUAGUUUCCUCAGAGACUAGUUGAUGGGAAGGAGAAUCCUCAGGGUUUGAACGUUGGGAAUCUCAGUUAAAGCCAUGUACAUUUUUUUAUUCUUUCCCCAGGGAGCAGCUAGCCUGCAAAGUUGGCAUUUACUUAGCUGAAUGUACUAUACCUGUAGAACCAAACUUGCAUAAGAGUUUGCAUGCAUGAAACAAUUAUGCACAGUGAAAACAAGGGCUGGAUUAUUUUGCAAAGUUUCAAAAAUAAGAAUGCCUUUUAAACGAAUCAAUUUGGGUUGCACGUCACAAAGUCUUUCUUGUGUAGCUCAAAGAAAGCCACUCCGCUAUAUUUCUUGCCCGCCUCCUUCGGAGGUUUUCUUGCAUUGUUUCUGCCUUGCUUUUCUCCUGGGAGACAGCUGAAAGUAAAUGAGGACUUCAUAUAAUCUAUAAUUGUUGGGAAUACAAUGCAUAUUAACUAUUUGAUGUCUAUCUUCAGAUGCAAUAGGAGGCAUGUAACUAAAAAUGCAUGUAAAAGAGUGUAUUGAUACAUAAGCCUUGGUUAUCAUCUUUCAAGCAAUGCAACUACAGUUGCUAUCAAUACUACAAUUGCACUGUGUAUGAUCCCAUUCACACAGUUUGUGUGAUAUAAUGGUUUUCUGUUAUACCAGCAACAUGCAUCCCAAUGGGAAAGGAUAUACCAGCAUGGUCCAUACCAGCUUGAACACGUUACCAGUAAAAAAAGUGGGAGCAAUCCUCAAAGUGUACGUCAACUAUGUCAUUCUCUGUAAAAUAAAAAUGAAACUUUACUAGUUCACAAUUUGUUAUAAGGCUUUAAGCCAGAAAGGCUUUAAUAUGUGCUCUAAAUUUCUCUGGAGUAUACAGAAGAAAUGUGAGUUAGCAUCUUGGAUUUGACAUGGACUUAACUAACAUGUGUUAAAGUAUCAACAGAGAACCAAGAGCUGAAUCACUUGUUCUGAUUUUGGAAAGAGUUUUAUGGUAUUAUGGGCAAGCUAACUAUCAUGGAGUCCCACAGAGACCUCUGGAAAUUGUGUCAGAUGAAACUGCUAAGAAAUACAUGCAGCAGCCAACAUCGCAUGCAUAGACCUCUCAUGCAAUGUGAAACCUGACCAACACAGGCAGAGAUUUGGGGUGUGUAUGAGCUGUUGCACUGUAUGACUUUAUUUUAUUUUAUUUGUGGGGGUCUGAUCCAAUUACAAUGUCCAUUCAGCUGUAGACUUCCUCAUACAAAAAAUUCUAAUUGUAUUUCUAUCAUAAAUAUACGAUACACAUUG